UGUCUGAUCAAGCGAAAGUGUCGGUCGAUGCGCCAUCAUUCGCUCUUUCGCUCAUUCAAACGUCUCUCGUAUCAAUCUGGCAACUGAUCUGACCCUGGACUAGUGACAUAUCCAGCCAUUAUGCAUCGGCUGCCAGUAGAACUUCUACAGGCGGUAUUCUUACUCCUCGUGAACGACAUACCAAAUUGUCCUAGUAUCUUCUCAACUGGGACAACCACCAUGUCAGCAAAUUUCGCUAGCCCGCCCCUACUCUUCACUCGAGUGUGCCGCCAUUGGCGAGACGUUGCACAUUCAACGCCAGGGAUCUGGUCGCGCAUCAAGGUCGAGCUUCCCGGAGCACUCGUCCAGCCACUUAAGCCGUUCUUUCCCUCUCUACUCCAGUAUUGGCUAGCCCGGUCUGGAAAUCUGCCUCUUACCAUACGCAUAGAAGAAAUUCUCCCCUCAAACCUCUUAUAUGCACGGGCCCCCAAUGAUGGGAAUUCUCGACUGCUCAAGAUUAUUUAUGAUGAGAUGAGGCGUUGGGAAACAGUGUUUGGCUGCCCAGCUGAACUCGGGUUGAGUGAUAACUUCAAUACGCCCCAGCUGCGAACGCUAGAGCAGCUCUGGGACAUAUCAGAUCUCACCAAAUUUAAUGCACCAAAUCUCCGUCACCUACGUGUGAUGUAUUCACUGUCGGUUAGCAUCCGAUCAUUCAGACCCAAUGCUGCCUGCGGAAGCAUCCGUCAUCUGUACCUCCAUCAAGUUUUACCCAGUAGGAUACGCUACUUUCCAGCCAUAUUCCCUCGUUUGGAAACCCUCGAUGUGCAUGUACUUACACCUCAUAUACAGGGUAUGGAUAUGGGGAGUCAUUCGGACACGUAUUCUUGCCUUGAAUCGAUGACCCUCCCCUUCGACCGUCUUUCUCGGGACACGUUUACCAUAAUAUUCCGUGGACUUCAUCUUCCCGUGUUGCAGAAAUUGACUUUGGUGUUGGGUCCAGGCAAACCAAGAGUUGAGAAGAUUACGGAGGCGCUUGCAGUUGCUGGGUCUUGCAAUAUCAAAGUGGUAGAUUUUCGGCUGCACGAGUCGGGGAAUGAUCUUGAUGUACAUACCCUUGAGCCAUUGCUCUCAGUAGUGCAGGAGGUUGCGGUUUGUGGGGAAGUAAUGGUAUAGGAACAGGCCGGUACAUGAAUUGAGGCUCUUGGGGGAAAAGAAUUGGACUACGAGUUCGUCUACGCGUCGAGUCUGUGCAGAGGCAUCUACUAGACUCUAGUCAGUAGCGACCAAGCCCAACAUGCAAAAAUUGUACAUCGCCUUAUGCAGCGUGAUUGAAGCGUUCUAUCACAAUAUUAGCUCCAAUUGGUAGUUAGUGAACUGGGAGUUCGGCGAGGAUAUAAUUCACCAACUACCAAGAGAGAAGAUUACAGCCGUUUGCAUAUGU